GUGGAGGGAGGAGUUGAACUUUACGGUACAAGAUUCACUUCCUUCUUCAUGGCAAUAAGCAGAGCACUAAGAAAAAUCUAAAAUUCUUGAAUUAUGUAUUUCCUUAAAUGUAAAUAUGUUGUCGUAGCACUUAGCCUGUAACUAUAAACCAAUAACGCAGUUUAUGUUGAAAUCUAUAAGAAAGAAUGGUGUCUGAGUUAUCCAAUAGCUUAUUGAAAUAUUAACUUUGUUUGAGCCUUUAUCUAUUCCUAAAUCCAGCAACAAAAAUGCGAGGAGUGUCAUUUAAAGUAAAUUACAAGUGGCACCUGGGACAUCGAACGGGGGCUCACUGAGAUUUGCAUAUCACAGAACCUCUAAGUAGUUUACGACGGCUGGCAGUCAUUCGUCAUAGGGACAGGUAGGCUACGUUUUAUGUGUACUAUACUCUAGCCUACUACUGAGCCGCAUCUCGAGGGUGCUCGACUGUGUCGCUUUGAUUGGAAGGAUUCCCAAGACCGUGUGGUUGUCGUUUGUCAUAUGAUUUAUGGUCCAGUGGUGAAUGGUACUGUAAAACAAACCCGGUACUGGCACGGCCGCCGUGUUCCUCUCUGAUCGUAAGUUAUCCGGCUGCAGCUGAGUCAGACAGUCUCCUCACCCUGCGACAGCCACUCUGCCCGGCCCGGGGUGUCAGCGUUCCCGCUGCCGUCUUCAGCGCUACAGAGUGAACCGGUGGACUUGUGGAGAUGGCUCUCUUCAUCACAGCUCUCCUAUCUAUCUCAGUUGCCAUGGUGGGAGUAGGUGGGACUACUGCAGCCACCACUCCAUCCAGUGUCCACUCAGUGAUCCAGUGCCAUGACUGGGGCGAGUCAGACGAUGGAGCUGUGAGGGUGAUGGAGGGGGAGGCAUGCUGGCUUCUCUGCCCUCUCUUCUCCCACCCCACUGUCUACAACUAUAGCUCGGCCCAGGCAGCAGGCCUCAACCUGGUGUGGUACCACGUGGCUGCAGGUCAGGACCUGGAACAACCCAUCGACUUCCACCACCCCGACCAGAGGCUCAGCAAGGAGAGGGAGAGGCUGUGGCUGCAGCCCACCACCACGCAGGACGCAGGCCAGUACAUCUGCAUGCUGAGAAACAGGACAUCGUGUGCCAAGAUUGCCAUGCGUCUGGAGGUGUUGCCAAGUGGACAGGACCCCAACUGUGAGGUGAAGGCUGCUGUACCUCCCACCCCAGUCAUCGCGCCCAUACAAGAUGGCAGGACCCUAACCUGCCCUGACCUGGAGCACAUCAAGCUGCCUAACACUAGCCACUCUGUCACCUGGUACCAUGGGUGCAAUGCGUUCGGGAACUUCAACAUCGAUCGUGUGCUCAAAGGAGACAAGCUGGUCAUCCAUGUAAUGUUGGAGCACUACCAAGGACUGUACCACUGUGUGGUCACUUAUGAGACCAAAGGAAGAGCCAUCAAAUUCACCAGAGUGGUCAAUGUAACCGCAGUGUCUUCCAGUGGUUUACCCAAACAGCCAAAUAUACUCAACCCUGCCAAGGAGCAAUUCUAUCCUGUCAAACAAGGGUCAGAGGUGAAUCUCACAUGCAGGGUGUCAUUGCCCUACCUGGAAGGACCCAGGGAGACCUGGUGGACCAUCGAUGGGAAGACUGUAGAUCAGCUAGCUGAUCCCCGCAUCUCAUUCACUUCUAGGGUGGUGUUGGAUUAUUUUGGGGACUGGACAGUUGAGAAUGUGCUCCGCAUCCAGGACUUCAGCUCAGAGGACCUGACCAGAGAAUACAACUGCUCCGGACGCAACGGCCAAGAUGUAGCCACCCGCAGGGCAGUGCUAGAAGAGGAGGUAUACCUGCCAUCCGUGGAGCUGGGCUGUGGCCUGGGUGUGACUCUGUUCUUGAUGCUGGUGCUGUUCGUGGUCUACCACAUCUUCUGGCUGGAGCUGCUGCUGCUCUAUCGCUCCUGGUUUGGAACCGAUGAACGCUGUACAGACGACAAGGAGUAUGACAUCUACAUCUCGUACGCGAGGAAUAGCGAGGAGGAGCAAUUUGUCCUCUUGACACUCCGCAGGGUCCUGGAGAAUGAGCUGGGCUAUACCGUCUGCAUCUUCGACAGGGACAGCCUUCCUGGAGGGACCAUCACUGACGAGACGCUGACCUUUGUGGGCCGCAGUCGCCGCGUCCUGGUGGUGCUCAGCCCAGGAUACGGCCUCCAGGGGACCCAGGCCCUACUGGAGCUCAAAGCAGGGCUAGACAGCAUGGCGUGGGGUGGACAUCUGCGGGUCAUUCUGGUCCAGUAUAAGCCAUUGAGGCGGGGCGGCUGGGUGCGCGAGCUGAGGCGAGCGAGAGUAGCCCUGGCGUUGGUCCGAUGGCAAGGGGACAAAUCCAGCGAUCUGUCCUCUACGUUCUGGAAGCGACUCCGAGUGGAGCUACCUGUCAGAAGGAUUAAAGACUAGCUACAGAGCCAAGAUAGUAACGCUAUACCACUGCAGAAUAUAGCUAUAGACACACAGCGAGCAUAAUAACAUUGUGGAGAUGCAACUCGCACUUAGAAUACAGAAUGACAUAGCAUAUAUGUGACAUACGCACACACGCCCACACACAUACAUACACACACACCAUUAUUACACUGUCAUUUUGUUUCCUUUUUGUGAGUGAGAAACCAUUCAUCAAUUUGUUUUGCAUUUUGUUAAAUGCUUAUUUGAAAGAGUCUCACGUUGUCUCAUUUUGUAUACUUUCAUAUUAUGUAAAUGUUUGUUAUCCGAAUAAAUGCAUUUUUUUCAUAUCUCAAUAUCCAUUUCAUCCAUGUAAUUUAAUUUCAUCACAUUUUCAUUGUUUGUCAUAUUAUGCAUUAUCUUUCACAUGACUGUGUGUUUGGAGUUGCUGGUUGAAAUAUAAUUCUGGAAGGUGAUAUCUGAUAGCUAUGAGUAUGUGAAUUUGUAAUUGUUUUUGAUAAUGGAAAAUAUACAGGCUGAAAUUCAGUCGAACAUGCCAUA